UGCCGACUCUGACAUAAAUUUCUGCCCUGCACCUAAGGUCACGGUUGUUUUGUUCACUUCCACACUAUGUCUCUAAUAAGCCUCAUUCUCUAACAGAUCCGAAACUGAAACCUCUCUUCACUUCCUGAUAAGAAUCAAGAUCUCCCUUCCAACGGUCACAAUUCCGCAUUUACAAAACCCUCACUUUCCCUCUCCAACACAACACCGACCUUUUCUAUCUAUUUCUAGAAAUGUCUGUCAAUUUCUCUGUCUUUCUCUUCUGGGUGUUCUUUUCGGGACUGCAUGUGUCGUUGGGGGCUGACAACGGCGGCGUUGCGGCGUUGGAGCUGUGGUGUGUGGCCAAGAACAACGCAGAGGACCAGGCGAUACAGCAGUCACUGGACUGGGCCUGUGGGCAGGGCGGAGCCGACUGCGGGCCUAUUCAGCAGGGAGGGCCGUGCUACGACCCAAAAGACUUGCCCAAGACUGCGUCUUUUGCUUUCAAUGAUUACUACGCAAAGAAUGGCAGGACGGAUGAUGCUUGUGACUUUAGUAAUACUGCUGCUCUCACCUCUCUCAACCCUAGUUAUGGUAAUUGCAGAUUCCCAUCCAGUUCAACUGUGAAGAACGGAAACAUUUCUGAUACAACAGGGAUUGGGCCAGACCACAGUGCAGAUUUAAGUGGUACUGAUCCGAUUGCUCACACGUGGUUUUGGUCCGUGUUCAUUGUUCAUAUAAUGUUCUUAUUUACAUGGUUAAUUGAAGUACAUUAGUUUUAUUUUCUUAUGCAAGCAUGUCAGUCAAGUUUUUUGAACAAAAAGCACAAGGCUUUUUGUUGAGAUGAUAGGUUUAGGCAUCUAGAAUCAAUCAAUCAAUGUAAUAUUUUCAACCUCUGUUCGCUCCAAUGAAAUAUUUUCCACUAUCAAGUAUCAA